CCGGGAAAGGAGGGAAGUUCAGUUGUUUAACUCCGUGGAAAAACAGCAAUGUCGGCACAGCUGGAGACUUGACGAAAGUAUGAGUAUUGGCGACUUCUGCUCUGCUGACAUGUUAAGAUGACACCUACUGAACUUGCGUAGCUGAUAUUUCUUUGCCUUGGAAGUUAAUUUGCCUGCACAUACAACAUGACAGAGCUGCAGCAGCCAUUGAGCCAACUCCAAGAAACUUCAGAGCCUUUGCUGGAUGCUCAGAAGAUGCAGUUUUGGCUGGAUAAAGCUGUGGCCUGGGACCAGGCUGGCGGUGCACACGCUCAGAAAGAUAUCCUCCGACAUUUGAGGGGCCUGACGGAUUUCCUCAAGCAAGUUCUCGCACAGAUCAGCAACAUAGGCUCCACAGCAGAAAGCAUGAAGGAGCUGCCCUUUUUGGGCCAGAUUGUAGGCCGCCUGUGCUGGAACCCUUAUGUCACUGUGGGAGAUACAAACAGAGGGCUGCUCCUCCAGUGUCUGUGGGGACUGUACUCCGAGAACCCUAGCAAUGCUGUGGAAAGAAAAGCCAACCAGUGGAUUAGGAAAGUAUUAUGUCGACUCGCGACAGAAGAAGAAAAUCCUGCAGCUGAAAUACUUAUGAAGAGCACUGGUGUUCCACCUAAAGAGUACCAUCUGAGAGUACUAAAAAAGAUGGUAAAACAGCAUCAGGAAAACAUCGGAAAGACCUGUUGUCCAAAGAAGAGCACAGAUCCUAGUUGCAGGUGCUCAUGUGAUGUGAUUCAGACAACAUCAGAGGCGUUUGUCCCCCUUAUCGACUGUCCUGAGGCUUCUCCUGUCAUUUGCUCUUUGCUACAACAUCCUGGGACAUCCUUCACAGACGCUCUGAGUGAAGACUUCCUCGAUGCUCUAAACUCAACAGAUUCAAACUUGGCCCUGGACGAGACGGCUUUAGUCUCUGUGUGGUAUCACAGUCUUCCUCGUCUGGAGGAGGCGGUGCUUGACCUGCUGGAGUCUGUGAUCAGCACAGGCUCAGCACCACAGAACCUAGAACAGCAAGUACUAAAGACUCAACUGCCUAAAGCUUGUGCUCAUCACUGUUCGAUGUUCCUGGUGGUAAAUGACAUCUUCAGGUCAAUCCUUCGACAAGCAGAAGGAAACCUGGUUGUUCAGUCUGUCAUCCAAACCUUUACCAGGUGUUUCUUGAAGGAACUGGAAGAGCUGGAGCCUCAGGCUAAGACAUACAUCUGCACAUUCACAAUGAACAAUAAUCUCCUCUCUGCAGGCAAAUCUCAGACGUCCACAUCUUUGAAAGCCUUCUUCCCGCAGUCACCCCCCAGUCUGCUGGUCCCCCUCUUGACUUUGCCAUCAGAGAUGCCUCAAGAGGCUUGGAAAAAUCACCUGGAGUGGCUUACUGCCUCAUUACAGCGACUGACGGAGCAGGAGGAGGAGGAGGAAGACAGCCAAAGCUCCAGGAGCCACCAUAAUGGGUUUGAGACCUGGUUCCUGCUGGUUCAGUGCUCCCACUGGGUGCAGGUGGCAGGGGAGCUGCUGGUCACAUCAGAGGCAGAGCCCUGCAGUCCCCUCCUGUGGCUGCUGACCUUCUACUACCACCCCACCAACAGGUGGCACUGCAGAGCGGCACAUCUGGAAGAGGCCAAAAAGGCGUGGAGUCAUCUGCACGCUCUCUCCUCCUCCUCAGUCGUUUCUCCCACUGCUGACCACCUGCAGCCACUUAUCACUCUGCUGUCCCCCAAACCUCAGCCUCCAUCACCGGCUCCACUGUUGACCCUCAGCCUCACAGUUUAUUCCGCAGUUUUCUGCCGGCUCCCACACAGCCAGUCGGUGGAGUUUUUCCACACGUCCAGGUGGUGCAUGCGGCUGGCCUGCACCAUGAAGCAGCAUGUGUUCUCCGCUCACUGCAGCACAGGCUGAAUGAAGGAAGCUGCUCAUCAAGUGACACAGUUCAUGUCAGGAUUACGAAACUGCAGAGCACAGUAACACACAUGCAGGCAGGUGGGAACUCUCACACAGCCCUCAACAGGUAGGAGAGCCUCCCCCACACACACACACACACCCACAUACACACACACAGAGCAGUGAGUUCAUGUCUGGGUGUUUAGCAGAAUGACACCCAGCUGUGCUGCCGUAUGACAAGAAUGUGUCAAAGUAACCAUUAAUAAACGUACACAACAGCAGAGCCCAGGAGGACACUCCAGCGGUGACAAAGCUCAGUGUAAAGAAGCAGCCGCUCGCACAUGUCCGCCCACUCGCUGAAUUUCCUCACAAUAUAAACGCCUCACACUCUGCAGAGGCUGAAUGAAAGACGGCGGUUUGAAGGCAGGCAAAGGAGAGCCACCGUCUCAGAAACUCAGUAUAAUGAAUACCACUUGUGUAUUGAUGCUUUCUGUUGUCUAAUUGUUAAUAAAGCUGAAGAGUUCUCAGUGUUUCUCACUCACAAUGUGCCUCAGUGAUGAAAGUAGGUUUUUAUUUUUUAAAGUUCCUUAUCUGUUAUCUUUGCAAAGACUUGGUCUUUUACAUGAGCCAGAGACACGAUGGUCGGUAAAAGACUCAGACAAUUUUCCUACUGUUCACUGUUAGUGUUCUGGAGUUCUGAAACGUGGAAUCUGAAGCUCACGAUGAAUGUACAGUUGUACUCCUGAACACAAAAACGACAAAAAAAAAACUCCUUUUGAGGAAGUGUUUUUUAUUUUGACAACAAAUGUAUCUGUGAUUAUUUACACAACACGAGAAUAAACCUUUAAACACGUUGAAAA